CAGGACCCGUCCUCCAUCCCAGCUUUCUGCCCAGAGGGAAGGAUUCCAAAAGGUCCUGCAUUUGGAGCAGGACGAAAAAGCAGGGAUUUAAUCUUUAUUCUGUCUGGGAGCUUCACACUUGUCAUCGGAAGCAGCCAGCAAAGGGGACACAGAUACGCCUGCCCUUGGUCGCACAGGAGCGAGUGCUGAUUUCUACAACUUGACAUCAGACCUCCCCCCCCCCCGCCAUCUGUGACUGAGCUCCCUGAAGCAGCAGCACAGGGGGAAGAGGAGGAGGUGGCAGCCGUAGCAGUGGAUAACCCUGCCCUCCGUGAGUUUGUAUUGCCAGAGUAUGCGCUGAUUUGCUGCCUUGUCUCAAGACCCAUCCCAACCGUCAGGGUGUGUGGUGCAUGGUGUGGGGGGGAUCCACUGCCUCUGUAAUAAAUGAUAGAGGAUACAAUGACUUUGCUCUCUCUGCUGGGUCGGAUCAUGCGUUACUUCUUGCUGAGACCAGAGACACUCUUUCUGCUAUGCAUCAGCCUGGCCCUGUGGAGCUACUUCUUCCAUACGGAUGAAGUGAAGACUAUUGUUAAGUCUAGCAGGGAUGCUGUGAAGAUGGUGAAGGGCAAAGUGGCAGAGAUCAUGCAGAAUGACCGGCUGGGGGGUCUGGAUGUGCUGGAUGCAGAGUUUUCCAAGACCUGGGAAUUUAAGAACCACAAUGUGGCUGUGUACUCCAUCCAAGGCCGGAGGGAUCACAUGGAGGACAGGUUUGAAGUCAUCACGGACCUGGUGAACAAGACCCAUCCCUCCAUAUUUGGGAUAUUUGAUGGGCAUGGAGGAGAGUCUGCAGCAGAGUAUGUGAAGUCCCGCUUACCAGAAGUCCUGAAACAACAUCUUCAAGACUAUGAGAAAGAUAAGGAAAACAGUGUUUUGUCUUACCAGACUAUCCUGGAACAGCAGAUCCUGUCAAUUGACCGAGAAAUGCUAGAAAAAUUGACUGUGUCCUAUGAUGAAGCAGGUACGACAUGUUUGAUUGCGUUACUGUCAGAUAAGGAGCUCACAGUGGCCAAUGUUGGGGAUUCGAGGGGCGUCCUGUGCGAUAAGGAUGGAAAUGCUAUCCCAUUGUCACACGAUCACAAGCCCUAUCAGCUGAAGGAGAGGAAGAGGAUUAAAAGAGCUGGUGGCUUCAUCAGUUUUAAUGGUUCCUGGCGGGUUCAGGGGAUCCUGGCCAUGUCCCGCUCCCUUGGAGAUUAUCCACUGAAAAAUCUGAACGUUGUCAUCCCUGACCCAGACAUCCUGACCUUUGACCUGGACAAACUCCAGCCAGAAUUCAUGAUCUUAGCUUCAGAUGGCCUAUGGGAUGCUUUUAGCAAUGAGGAGGCUGUACGGUUCAUCAAGGAACGCUUGGAUGAACCACACUUUGGAGCCAAAAGUAUAGUCCUACAGUCUUUUUACAGAGGAUGCCCUGACAACAUAACAGUCAUGGUGGUGAAGUUCAAGAGUGGCAGUAAAACAGAAGACCAGUAAAAAAUAUCUAACAUCUGUCUGCCUCUCUCUUGGUGAACCUCUUCAUCAGACCUUUACACUUCAACACAGUAGACAGCUCUAACAAGUAUAUUAGUAUUUAAGACUGUGCAUCUCAAAAGAAAACACAAGAAAAUCAUUCUUUUUGAUAAAAGAGUGUUACACAGCAAACACACUCAAUACCACUUCCCUUUUCAUUUCUCCAGCUCUUUUUAAAGAUUUACAUUUAGAAGCUAAUAACUCCUGCUUUGGCUAUUUCAAAUAGCUGCUACUUUUUAGUCCUCAUCUACAAGCUUAAAAAUGCAAGACAGGAACAGCUUGUGACUUGUCUGCACUUGAAGGAACCAAUAUGGGCUUUUCACCAAUCUUAUACUCUUCAUUCUGAUGUGCACUCUCCUUAAAGCUACUGUCUCUGCAGACAUAGGAAGACAGGUAGCAAACAGAUUUAUAAUUACUGACCUGUGUUUUCAAAGGAGAAUGAAGAGGAGGCAUCAGUUGUGCACGAUAGGCAGAUCCUUCUUUCUCGUUUCCCAUAAUCAAAUGUCCUUCCUGCAUAAUAAGGAACAAGCUUUUGAGCUUUCCCAUAGCUGUGUACUUAUACCUUCUGUGUGCAUGCCCUUAAUGAUGCUUUGCCUUUUUUUUAACCAAGACAGCUUUGGUAAUCUGCUCAUUGAAAAAUUCCACAUUAAUUGGCUCUUGCAUCUGGAUAUGGUGGGUGCCAGGAUUGGACGCAACUGUGCAACUUGCAUAAGUCAGAGAAUGUUGUCAAGGGCAGAAUGUAAAGUUCUUGGAGGAUGUUGUCUGAGAUUUUAACACAGACUUUAGUGUGUUUUUUUCCUGUUAUCAUCAUGUGUUCAUAUAUGAGACAGGGAUGUUGAGGAAGCAAGUGAGCUAAAAUGAGAAAUUGUGGCUUCGUUUACAAAAAUACAGCAGCAGCUUUUUGGUAGAAUUGAAGCUAAGUUCAUUAUCAAUAACAACAACAAAAUCAGCAAGGGAAAUGUUAUUCUGAUGGCCUAGGUAUUUAAUGAUGUAAAUAAUCAAAGGCUAGCCUUGGGAAUGAAAAAGGUUGAUUACAUAUAGCUGUACUUUCAAACCUAUGAGUAUUGCACACUUUGAUGUAGAAAAUUGACUUUUCCAAUUCCAUUAUUGAUUGAUAAUUUAGGUAUGACCUGAGUGUUUAAUCCCCUGUAGUGCUCAUCAUCUGGCAAUUUCAUAGCAAUGCUAAACAAAGUUGCUUUUUGGUGAUAAAGAUCACAUAAUCCUUUAGCUAGCAUGGGCAGUGGGGAUUCUAGGAGUUGUACUGGAAAAAAGUAAGUUUCCUACCUCUCUUUCACAAUUAAAGAAAUGGGCAGAUGUUCCAGUACAGCACCAUGGGAGCCUAGAAUAAUUAUGGCUAUCCAAAUACAUACUUCUCAAUUUGUAGGUUUGUACUAUAGCACACAAAAAGAUGCUGUUUCCCUUCAGCAGGGUCUCCCCUCAGCAAGGAGAUGUGAUCUUUAAAAUAUACUUGGAAGCUGAUGAACAAGUAUCUAUAACCAGGACUAUUGGAUAUGACCUAUCACAUGCAUGUGCAGAGCUGGUUGUAUAUUUCUGUAAGUAAAAUAAUAAUGGAGAUAUGCUCUUGCUCUUCACCUAUAGACUGUAACCUUCCAAAAGAGAGAAACAGAAAGAGAAAUAAGCCCAUAGACAUGUGAGAUGCUGGAAUACAGUAUGAAUGUACGUCUGUGGGAAACAGAAUUGAGCAGUUUUGCAAUGUCCAUAUUCACGGGCUACCAUGACAUUUCUAUUUAAGGGACCCAGUGACGUGACCAUUGCACAUUGGGACUGAUGUGCAAUGGACACCAAUCCACAUUGGAUGCUCCUGAUGCCCAUCCAGGCAAAAGCCAGGGAUGGCCAGUGUGAUCAGUAGUGCCCAUUGAAGUACCAUGCACAUUGCACCAUGUGCAUUGUUAGAGCCCAGUGUGCAUGGGCACUCUUGCCAGUGCCCUAAUGGGUAUCUUGGCAAUUCAUUAACAGUGUUCCUUAGUGCCUCUGAUAUAUAGCUGAAUAGGCACAACAUAAACCAUGCCACAGAAUAUGCAAGCUACAAUGCAUGCAAGAUCUGUUAAUCCUCUUCUCUGCAGAAGUAUAAAAGAGCAAAACACCCAAGUAGGAGAUGUUUUUCAGUCUGUUAGAGGUAAAUGAAAUCAUCCUCCCAUCAGAUACUGGGACAUAGCAUUCAGUUCUAAUUAAUGAGCUUUGGUGGAUGGGAUGGUACUAGGUUUUAAAGCUUUGGAAGUGCCCUUUGCUAUCUACUUCCAUUCAUUGUAGAUAUACACAGGAUCUCCUGAACAGAUAAUUCAUAUCCCCCAGGGGAGCAAAAGACGUCCUGGACUUUCUCAGAAACAGAUGAGGUGCUUCAAAGUAGCACAGCGAUGGAUUAAGAUGCUCAAAGGUUGUGUUAGUUACCAUUGCAGUCUUCUGAGCUCUUAUUACUUGCCUUUGUCCUUCCCUGCUGCUCAAUUAGAAUUUGCAUGCUCUCUAAACAAAUUAACCUUGGCAUUCCCGUUUCAAGUGAUUGGGUGAGUAAACACAAACACUGCCCCACCCCUUUCCUUAUUUUUCUGUCCUCAUCUAUUCAUAUAGGAUAUCUGAAAAGAUUUAAUUAAAAGAUCCAACAUUUUUGGCAAUGAAACAUAUAAUCUAAUGCAACAAGGUUCUAAUUAUAGAUAAGCAGUUACAUUAUAGAAUGGAAAUGUUACAUAUUUAAAAGCAGAAAGAAGUUGCUGCAGUUUUGACUUUUUGUAGAUUUCAGAAACUUUGGUGCUUCAGAGGUGUGGUAUAUAGACUGUAAGAGCUGUUAAAAGUGCAAGCUUGUCUUACCUUGCUAGUAGGACACACUGUUGCUUGGACAAUACCGAGCCGUUAAUGGUGUGCUGAUUUUGCUAUUUCUUUACAUGAAAUAUGUCACUUCAGGCAUACAACCUUGAUGUAGCAAGCCAUUACAAACCUAGAUUCCUAUAGAAUAGUAUACCAGGAGCAGCCAGUCGAGAAUCAGUGCCAACUGCAGGCAAGGUGUUUUCAGAAGGUGCCCUCCCUGAGUGAGCCCACCUCCUUGCCACUAUUAUCCCUGCCCAUUUCCUCUGGACCCAUUGUGCACCACUGCCAAAAUGCAGAGAACAAGGCAAAUAGAGGUUCUUCCUCCAUGCUGUUGUCAUUGCUUGGGUGCUCCAAGAAGGCAAGUGAGCAGCAACAACACCAAGGAGGAAGUAGAACGGGGGGAUGCAGCUGGGGUAUUGGUUUUGAAGUGUUUACUUGAUGCUUCCAGGUUGCUUCCUUGUAAGUAACCUGGGUAAGUAACAUAUAUUAAGGAAAGUUAACCUAUGGCCCAAAUAUAUGGCCUGAUCCCAAAUGGCCAUUUAUUUCACAGUCCCUCUGUAAGUUCAGGCCUCUGCAGGAGUGCGCUUCUCCUUCCUCAGUGACCUACUAGGCAGAAAGGAAGGAGAAGGAAGAAAGGAAGGAAGGAGAAAACGUGGCAGAGCAGGAGGGAGAAUGGGGAAGGAAGGAAGUCUGCAUGCCUUCACCCUCAAAGGUUACCCCUGAAGAAAUGUGCCUUCAAUAGAAAAAGGUUGCCAUUGGUAACUGGUGCUUUGGAUCAGACCACUGAUCACAUUCAGUCCCUGAAUUCAGGAUGCUUGCCCCUAUGCUGAUUAUCUUGGAAUAUUAGUUGAUGGGACACUGCAACCAUUGCACCAAAAGAAACCCACCCCCCAAUGAUAUAUUUUAGCUUCUGGCAGUAAGUACCACCCACUUUUGGGGGUAUGUCUUGUUGCAUUUCUUGGUUCACUAUAUCAUUGCUGGUAGUGUAAGGAGUAGCUGUAGGAGCCUGGUAUCUGAGAAGACAGGCACUAAACAAUUAAUAAUUCUGUAUUUUUGACAACUUUAUAAAGGAAAGCAGAAUUAUUUUGAAAAGUAAUUGUAAUAAUCAUUGUAAACCCCUCACUGAUUUACAUCUGCAAAUAAUAUUUAACUGCCAUUAAAGGAAAGGUAAUAGUUCCUGUUAGAGCAAAUAAACAAUACAAGUACUGUAAUCAGUUUUUAGAAGAGGUCAUUGAGAAGUCAGCCAAAUUUCCAUAGGAGUGGGAUCAACAUUUGACCUGUUUAGUUACUUUAAUUACCUUGCUUAAUUUUUGAGCUGAAUCUCAUUCCAUACAGUAUAAAAAUUAUGGUGCUUUUUUUUUUUUUUUUGCGUGGGUGGGGCUAGGUAAGUGGUAAGAGGGACCAUCAUCAAUUAAUAGUCAGUCCUUUAUUUUUCCAUUCAAUUUGGGAAGUUUCUGGUUUAUUUAUUUUUUUAGGUCCCUCUAAGGAUGGUCUUCAACUGUUUGGCCAAUAGCUUGAUCUCAGGAGAGUCACAGAGUUGUGUCCUGAAAGCUUUUCCCCAAAAAAUUAUACCAGGAAAGCCCAAUCAGGUGUGUAAGAGUAGCUCAUUCUCUACUGUUAGCAUGCACGGUGAUAGGAGUUUGGACUAAUCACUUUAAGGCUCACUUCAGUUAAGAGAAAAGUUUAAACUUGGUAGAGAGGGGGGGAAACUAAAUUCUAUCUGAAACCUUAAUUAACUCUCUCUGCCUCUAUUGCUCCCUAGUGGCACAAAACCACUUGUGCAAGCAGUGCUGCAGCUUUCUUCAUUCCCUGUAUAUAGUGCUGUAAAAACCAGUAGUCUAUGGGGAUACCACCAAAAGCCCUCGCAGCAGAAGCAUGCUAAAAGUGUAAUGCAUUCUUUAAAAAAAACUGGGAAUGGUAAAAGAGAGAAUAUCUUAAGAUGGUAGAGGUGAAAAUCAUGUGCAAGAUAAACAAUAUUAACCUGCCUUAAUUUUCCUAAGAACCAUGAAAAAAUUGAUGUAGUAAAAGGUUUAGGGUACAGUCAUCUACUCUCUUUUUAAGAGUAAGCCCCACGGAACUUAGUUCUGAUUAGUCUAAUAUUGGGAUUGCACCAUUAGUUCUCUAAAGUAAACUUUAUGAACAGAAGAACUAUUAGAGAAAGAAAGGACAGGAAUUUAUUUCCCAUCCCUAUUUUGACUCUUAUACAGAACAUCAACGUAUAUGAGAUCUUUACCAAAUUGUUAAAUAUCAGCCCUUUUCUUUUAAAAAUAUCUUAGAAGAUAAUAAAUUACAGCAUAGGAGCAAAAGGAAAUUCUUCACUGCAAAAAAUAAGGCAUUGCAAAGAAAAAGGAAUGUGCAAGUGUAUUUCUUAAUCUGCAUCCUGUAGGAAGCAAUUUUUAAUAUCUAAGAAGGAGAAAAAUUGUUGUUAACAGGAAAUAGGAUUCAAACAAUUACCAAAUACAGGUUAAAUUCAGUCAAGUGUUUAGAGAGGCCAUGUUUGCCCAGCCAGCUAAAGAAAAAAUGUUGCACCCUUUACAAGAGCUCAUUCUGAAUUAAUAGCUUAAUAUGCAUAUUUAUAGAUAUUUACAAUUUUAAUCUUGUAGAAAAGGCUCCUACAUAAGAAAAUAAAAACAAACCCCCCCAAAAAGAACACAGCAUGGCUUCAUGGAAGAACAGAUGUUUAUAGACUUUGAAAACUAUAUAAUAUUCCUGUAGAAAUAUGACUUGCAUGAUUAUCUUAGGUCAUAAGAAGCUAAUUCUAUCCUCUCAUAUAGAGGAACAUUUGAAACUCUUCAUUUGUCAUGUACUUGAAUUUAGGACAUUUUGUAGCCAAAAAGAAACAGCUUUACUUUAUUACUGCUGGCUUAAAUUCAGAAGCAGAAAAGCCUUUGUAGAAGUUAGCUUCUCUGAAUUUCUCUGCCUUCCUGGUCCUGCCCCACAUUAUGACCUUUCCUGUGCCCCAUUCCAGGACACACCGGAAUGGUUUUAUAGGGCAGAGGGAGGUGGAGGCAGGGGACAAAGAAAGGAACUAAGAAAGGCCUAUUGCCAGAGCACAGUUCCACACCAUUUAUGCUGAAUUCCACUCAUUGAGUUCAGGGAGAAUACUGCCAAACAAUUAAAUGGUGCUUUCAGUCCAAAGUUUGCUAGUGCUAGCUUUACUAGUAUAGACUAUGCAACAUGUAUCUAAUACACAUAUGAUGAAUUCACUGUUGUGACAUAAUAAUAAUAAUAUAAUAAUAAAAACUUUAUUUAUAUACCGCCUUUCCGCAGUGAUCAAAGCGGUUCACAAGACCAUCAAAUACAAUUGCAGAAUACAUCAAAUACAAAAUACGUAAAACUGCAAGUACAUAUAUAAUUAAAGAAGCAUCCUUAAAAUCACGAAUAAGAACAUUAAUAACAUCUGUCAGUCAUAAAGAGCAUCUUUCAACAAAAUAAUUUCUACAGGGAGUCAGAAGGAUAUACUGACCGGAAAAGAUGGGUCUUUAAGGCUUUCUUAAAGGCAUCUAAAGAGGAACUAAGCCUUAUCUCCUCCAGGAGCUUGUUCCAGUAUGUGGAAGCUGCAGAUGAAAAUGCUUUUUGCCGAGUUGUUGCCAAUCUCGUCUUAGGAUAUUCAAGUAAGCAUUUCCCAGUAGUUCUGAGAGUGUGGGGCGGAUUGUAUGGGGAGAGGCGUUCCCUCUAGUAACACAGGCCCAAGCCAUGAAGGGCUUUAUAGGUGAUAAACAACACUUUGUAUUGACAUGGGAGAUUAUCACAUACCUCUCUUCUCCCAAUUAGGGCACGGGCUUAAAUGGAUGAAAAUAGAUCUUAUUGCAUGCAUCCAUGCCCAACAUGGCCGCAUCGCGUACCUGAUCUAGACUCCUGGCAUACUUUUCAAAGAACAAGACUUUGGGCCCAGAGACAUGCAAUAAAAUGUGUUUAAUCCUGUGCCCAACCCAUGCUUGGAUCGGGCAAAAAGAGGUGUGCAAUAAUCUCCUUACUGGUGUUUAUUGGUGUUUACCCUCAGUCAGGUUCUAGUUCUCUUUUAUUCCAUUAGAUCUAAAUAUUUAAUGAUGGUUAACUUUGCAAAAGUACAGUAAAACAAUGGUUAGGGAGAGGAUGAGUACUAGUUAAACUCAUUCAGUACAUUGUGAACAGAAAGAGUGGAGAAGCAAGGUAACUACUUUAAACACAGUAACGACUUGAUUGGCCCAGUGCAGUUGUAACACUUGGCAGCAAUUAUUAAUACAAAUCAUGGUUUGUAAGAUCGAUUCAAAAUAGUUUCAAGUCUUGAGUUGUGUCCAGUCAUUAACAUGAUUAGCAGCUCAGAUGUAACACUUAACCAAGAUUUAACACAAACCACAGUUGCAUAUCCAGUUCAACUUCACAGUUUCAAAUGCUGAUCUGCAACCAAUCUUUACCUGGAGUUAACAAUGCAAUCAUAUGCUCAAAAAGGGCAGGGGAGCCAUGUUUUAGUCCUGUAGCUGCAUGGAGCCCACCCCCCUUUCCUGGAUAUCAAGAUUUGUGGAUGCUCAAGUCCCAUUAAAUACAAUGGUGUAAAAAUGGUGUCACUUAUAUAAAAUGGCAAAAUUGAGGUUUGCUUUUUGGAAUUUAUAUAUUUGGGAGAGGGAAGAAUUCAAUCCAUGGUUGAGUCCAUGGAUAAAGAAUCUGUGGGCCAACUAUAAAUGUCUAUAAAAUCAAUUUCUGUUACUAAAAAGUCAAAGCUACUAUGUGAAGAUUCAUAUCAAAUCUCUGUAAAUGCUAGUAUACUUUGUGUAACUUUUCUGCAUUGUGGUGGUGGAAGAUAUAUUCAUCUGAAGUCAGCAUGGGAAGAAUACAUUAUUCUUGGUAAUUGAUAUUAAUUUAUACAUUGGAUUCUCACUGGUGCUAUCGAGGAAAUGUAAAGAUACACCUAAUAGCACAUAGGGGAUUAUGCAAAUACUUUCUGCAAUCUCGGUGAGUAGAUAUGCAAUUGUCUAUUUCAGAUCCUUUUGAAUAUGUGUAUCUUUGUGCCUAAGACAAUUUGCUGCCUGAGGCAAAGUACAAUAUUAUGACUCAUCCAUGCUCUGAUAUUUUUCCAUAUGCAGAAGCCAACUGAAUUAGCAGUUGAAUUUUACUUCAGCACUGACCCUACUAUGCCUAAAAGAAGCAGACUAGUUCACAGGGUACAACCCAGGCUGUAUGGCUGGGGAAAUGGGCAGGAGAGCUCAUGAACAAAAAUGGGCUAUUGAUGUUCCCCAGCAUCUGCCACCUGAAGCAGUUGCCUCACUUUGCCUAUUGGUAGAGCAGCCUUUCAUUGUGUAGAAUAUUGUAUACACCAUGCACAGACAUACAGCAGUUUCUCUGGAAUACUGGACAGGACUUUCAACUUGCAUUUGUAUGUAGUGGAAACCUCUAGAGUCAGUAGGAUGACAUUUCUUAAACUCUUUAAUAGAAUAUGCAGGUUAUACGUUUGUGGCUCAGUCUAAAAAAGUUUAUAGAAACAUCAAUGCACCUCAGUCUCAUUGGCGUCUAUAAGCAAGAUCUAACCAUUUUUAUCAGUGCUUGCAGGAUGUUUCAUAGUGUGUGUGUUUUAAUUGUUAUCCAUUUGUGCUGGUGACAUUAAUGGGGCUGCAAGGUGAAUUUAUCCUUUGAAAAGCAGGCACAUUUUUAAAAGUUUUUGAAAAGCUGUCAUAAAAUUAGAACUCCCUUUUUGAUCACAUACAGAAAAAAAUGUAAUUUUCUUUAAACUGAGUUCACAUAUGGACUUAGCAAGAACUAUUAAUGUUGUUAAUAGGCCAUGUUCUUUAUUUGAGGUAAACAAACCUAAUUGUAAUAACUCCUAAGUGUGCAAUGCUCUUGUUCAUGGGAAGACAUUCUAGUGGCAACAGAAUAUGGCAGACUUUCCUCUCUCUGGAUAGAAAGGGAAAUCUCCAAGCAAAGGCACUGAAGGUCUCUUCAUUCAGGGAAGCAAAACACUUCAUCACCAUCACUCCUGCACUGUUGGAAGGCCAAUUAUAUAUAGUUGAGGCUCAAAUGGGGUAUUUCUGGGACAGCUGGGGGGGAGGUUCUGAAUCUGAUGCAUCCACAACUUUCCUAUUUUCAAGAAGUCUCUGACUAGAGAAGGAAACAUGUCCAGGCCUGGAACUGGGAUUAUUGAUAGCCUAUGAGUGGUUUCUAACACAUGGAGACCCUAAGGCAAAGUCAUCAAAGGUUUUCUUGGCAACAUUUGUUCUUGCCAUUGCCUUCCUCUGAGGCUGAGAGAGUGCAACUUCCCCAGGCUCACCCAGUGGGUUACCCUGCAUAAGUGGAAAUUCGAACCAUGGUCUUCCAGAGUCCUAGUAGAACAUUCAAACCAAUACACCAUGCUGGCUCUCAUAACUUCAGUGGACCCUCCACAUUCAUUGGGGUUAAGGGUGUAAGACCCCCAUGAAAGUGGAAAAACAC